UAUGUGUUUCACCCCCGGUUCACAUAUAUGCGGCCGUGCGAGCCACGUUUUGCACGGGCACGAGAGCCCAUUCAUUUGAAUGGACUCCCGUGCCCCGUGACAUGCAGGGAAGAAGUCCCUGCACUUCUGAAAAUGCAGCCCACACAUGAACCUCGGUUCCCAGUACGGAUGCAUUUUCCAGUGCGGGCGGUGUGCCAUUAGAACUAAUGGCAUCCACCCGCCGGUCCACACUCCUCUGUGCGGCUGCACGGAUUUUUGUGCGGAUCCGCAGCCGCACCACCCGCACAUAUGUGAACCUAG